AUGAUCGAUGAAAUUCUGAAAAGCAUAGCACCUCAAGAACGAAGUGCUUUUGUUAAAAAAGCUGAUGAACAACAUUCAACUGCGCUUCACUAUGCUGUAUACCACCGUAAUUAUCAUACGGUCAAAAUGUUGCUAAGAGUUGAUAGAUCUAUAGCAUACAUGAAAGACGCAAAGGGCAUGACGGCUCUUCACAUUGCAGCCCAUAAAGGCAAUGCUAUGAUAAUGAAAGAGAUUUUAGACUGUUGUCCUAAUUAUUGUGAACUAGUUGACAAUAGAGGUUGGAAUGCACUCCAUUUUGCAGUGAACUCAUCUAGUGAUCAGCCUGAAAAUAUGUUUAUGGAGAUUAAACGUGCAUUUGGAUACAAUCGCCGUCCUUCGGAAUUUCGAAGACUCCUAGGAGAUGAUAUCCCAUCAAAGAGAAAAGGUGAGCAAGAUGUCUUCGAACGCUUGAAAGCGGAGCGGGAAGCUGUCCGGGAAGCUCGUAAAAAACGAUUUUAUUCUACCAUGGAAAACGCAUCCCAAGUCCAUUUGGCAGUGGACACACUCAUUGCAACCGUGGCAUUUACGGCAGGUAUUACCAUGCCUGGGGGUUUCAUAGGUCAUGAAGGCCCACGCCCAGGCUCUGCAGUUCUGACGAGAAAUGCUGCUUUCAGAGCCUUCGUUAUUACAAAUACCAUAGCCAUGGUGCUAUCUUGUUCUGCUGCCUUCAUCCACCUAUUCAUGCCACUAUUGUUUCACGAUCAAAAUCUUGGACUCUUUUCUUUCCUACUAGCCUUGGCCUUCUGCCUUUCCAAAUCUGCCAUGGGAGCAAUGGUGAUGGCAUUUGUCACGGGAACAUACGCUGUGUUAAUGCAUUCCUUGGAUCUUGCCAUUUCCAAUUGUCUCAUCGGAUUGUGCUUCUUCAUCCUCGUCCUUUUCAUUAGUAUUGGAUGUUCACAUUAUUUGAAUGAAAUCUGGAGCAUGGGUAUUUCAUGGCGUGCACACAAAUUUCGUAAAAGGUAA